CGCCCCUGAGCGCUGAGCACGCACGAGCACAGCUGUGGCGGGGUCGUCUGACGUCUCAGUGCGCGGUGCGAUGCGGGUUACUCAAGCACCUGCGAGGCAGCCCGAGACAGGAGCGAGCGGCAAGCUUUUCUGGCUCGACUCGAGUGGAUGUGUGCGGUCUUGUUGUGAUGGACGAACGCGGGGCUCCGCCUGCCUGCCGCACGUCGCUAUCUCGCCGCGCGUGAUUGGCUCGCACGAGCGUAUUUUUGUGCUGUGUGCGCCACUGGUUGGUGUGUGCGCCUCCAGGGCAUCAUAACACCGUGACUUUUCUGUGCCUUGCGAGAAAAUUUUUUCUUGUUGACGUGGCUCUCAGGUCGGCAUGGCUGCGAAUGCACACUCGUAUUGUCAUGGACUACGCCAUCCUUUGUCAGCGACUGCUUGGACGAUUUGCAAAAAAAGCGGAAUGGUUUGGGGGCGGCGGCGGCGGAUGGCGCCUGCCUAGCUCCGGCAAACCAACCGGUGAUUCAAGCCACGUGGCCC